UGUGGCCACCGCUGUGUUACUCAACAACAAUUAAACAACCACUUGACAACACACUCGCGAGAAAAGAAGUUCAAGUGUGACUACCCAGGCUGCGGCAAAGUUUUCGGUGUCAAGACUGCUCUGUCCACCCAUAAGCGCACUCAUACCAACGAGAAGCCCUUCUCAUGCCGCUGGUGUGGUGACAGCUACUCAGACAGCUCGAACCUAUCAAAGCAUCGCAAGACC